ACUUUUUUGCUUUUAUUUUUGAUGGGGUUGUUUUUGAUGUAUGGAAAAUUAUGGAAAGCUUGCAACUUUAACAUGCCAGGUCUAGAAAAUUUGCUUUUGACGCGAUUCCUGAAUUACUGUUUUGUGUUCUUUUGGGUUUUAACAAAAGCAAUUUUCCUAGAAAGAGUCUAAAUGUUGGGACUUGGGAGUUUGUUUACUUUGCUCUGCACUUCUGGGAGGUCCUGUUAUGGCAUUGUUGCUGGGAAUGGAUGAAACUGUUUGAGAAAUAAACCAUGUAAAUGUCUCUUUGAUGUCUCUUCAUAUUCUUCUCAUUUUCCUACUGGCUUCUACUAAGCAAACUUUACUCUUCGUGUGAUCGUGGAGGAGUGGAGGUUUUCUUGCUCUCUGCUUCAACUUGACGAGCUUCCAUCCAUUAAAGUUCACAAGUUUGAGGUUCUCAAACAGUUAAAUGGGGAAUUGUGUUGCUAAGUCUCAAGCUAAGGAUAGUGAUUCUGAUCAUGAUGUGGAGUUUGCUGCUGGCAAUGUGAAACUUAUUACCACCAAAGAAGCUUGGGAUCAAUAUUUGGAAGAAGCAAGGAGGGAUGGCAAAAUUGUGAUUGCGAAUUUCAGUGCAACAUGGUGUGGUCCUUGUAAGGUGAUUGCGCCAUAUUACUGCGAGUUAUCUGAGAAAUACACAUCCAUGGUGUUCUUGUUAGUGGAUGUGGAUGAACUAACUGAGUUCAGCACUACAUGGGACAUCAAAGCCACACCAACUUUCUUUUUUCUGAAAGAUGGACAACAACUUGACAAACUUGUAGGAGCCAACAAGCCAGAGCUGCAGAAGAAGAUUAUUGCCAUCAAUGAUUCACUUCCCGAAUGCAAGCAGUGAUUGUUUUCUCAUUCUUCUUGUUGUGCCCUUUGUCCUUUCACAAGUCACAACCAUUGUUCUGCAUGUUUUUUCUUUUUUUUUUUUUUCUGAGUGUAGUUGUACUUUUCCUCGGAUGUAAAUAUGAAACAUGUGUGUCACAUGAAUUACUCCAAUUCAGAGUGAUGAUGUUGUUGUAGUUAGAAUAAGCCUGUUCUGCAAAUGUAACAAUUUGUCGUGUUUUGUUGUUUAAGCAAAUUCAAUUUUGUAUCAUUGAGUCAAGGUGCUGUGACAUUUGGUUAUGAUA